UUACAGGAAGCACUUCCAAAUGACUUCAUUUUUAUGGAUAAAAAAGCAAGAAGAGAGAGGUUGUACCUCUUUUUGACCUAAACAACAACACCAAAGUUAAUUGAAUGAUGUUGCCCCCUUUUUCUUUUUCUUUUUCUUUUUUGUUAAAUUGUUCUUUUCAUUUAUAGAAAAGUUAGAUUAUUCCUACUUUGCAAAACAAGCUUGAACUUUGGGCCCACUCACCAUGCCCAAUUUCUUUUCUAUCUCGCCGUCAAUUUAAAUUCCUCCCCUUGACCGUUAGAAUUUCGUCCUUCCAUUUGGCGCCAUGUAAUGAAUCACUCGCUAUUGAAAACUGUGAAUAAAUGCCAAACUCUCAGAUCCUUGAAAUCCAUCCAUGCCCAUCUUCUAGUCACCAGCUCCGUCGUCUCGUCCAACCUUAUCCUCAACAAGCUUCUCAGGUUGUACUCGCGCUUCGGAGCUAUCAGUUAUGCCCGCAAGCUUUUUGAUGAAAUUACUGAACCAAAUUCCUUUCUUUGGACAGCCUUAAUUCAUGGGCAUGUUGAGAAUCGUCGAUAUGAAGAAGCAUUUUCUCUAUUUACCCAAAUGCAUGGUGAGUCCAUUGAGCCUUUGAAUUUUACUAUUGCGUCUGUGCUCAAGGCUUUAGCUCGGGAGGGUAGAGUUAAAGAUGGGGAAACAAUUAAUGGGUUGGUCUUAAAAUUUGGAUUUGGUUCUGACUUGACUGUUCAAAAUGCGAUACUUGACUUGUUCAUGAGAUGCGGUAAACUUGAUGUUGCUAGACGGAUAUUUGAUCAGAUGGAUGAAAAAGAUGUGGUUUCUUGGAACUCGAUGAUCUCCGGCUACGGAAGUAAUGGCAGAGUUGAUAUUGCAAGGCAGCUGUUUGAUUGGAUGCCUGAGAGGAAUACAGUUUCAUGGACAAGCAUGAUUUGUGGAUAUGUUAAGUCUGGGGACAUGGUGGAGGCAAGGGUCCUUUUCGAGAAACUGCCAACUAAAGACUUGGUGUCAUGGAAUGUGAUGAUUUCUGGGUACACCAAUGCUAGUGAUGUUGACAAAGCUCUCUGUUUAUUUGAAGUGAUGCCAAUUCGUGAUGUUGGGACUUGGAAUCUGAUGAUUUCAGGGCUCUGCAAAGCAGGAGAUAUUAAACGUGCAGAAGAUUUCUUCAACAUGAUGCCAAAUAAGAAUGUUGCUUCAUGGACCAUAAUGAUGGAUGGUUAUAUAAAAUCUGGCGACGUUAAUAGUGCGAGGAGCUUAUUUGAUCAGAUGCCUGAGAAGAAUUUGGUUUCUUGGUCUACCAUAAUUGGGGGUUAUGCAAGAAAUGGGGAGCCUCGCAGUGCUUUAAAGAUGUAUAAACACUUCAAGGAGCUAGGAGUUAGACCAGAUGCGACUUUUAUAUUGGGAAUCAUAUCGGCUUGCUCACAGUUAGGAAUUCUAGGUACAGCUGAAUCGAUAGUUGGUGAUUAUGUCGGACAAUCAACUCUGUCUAAUCUACAAGUAGGGACAAGUUUGAUAGACAUGUAUGCAAAAUGUGGAAGUCUUGAAAGAGCUACACAACUGUUUAAAAUGACCCGUAAAAAAGAUUUGCUUUGUUAUAGCACCAUGAUUUCAGCCUUCGCUAAUCAUGGAUUGGGUCAGGAUGCCAUUUCUUUGUUUGAGGAGAUGAAAAAGGAAGGCAUAAAACCUGAUGGUGUAAGUUUUCUUUGCAUACUGAGUGCUUGUAAUCAUGCUGGUCUAGUCACAGAGGGCAGGAGGUACUUUAAACAAAUGACAGUUGAAUAUAGAAUUCAUCCUUCUGAGAAGCACUAUGCAUGUAUUGUUGACCUUCUUGGUCGUGGCGGGCGCUUAAAAGAAGCUUACAACCUUAUAUGUAAGAUGCCAUUUGCAGCUCCUUCAGCUGUAUGGGGUGCUUUACUUGCAGCCUGUAGGGUCCAUCGCAAUGUCCAACUGGCUGAAGUUUCCGCGUCCGAAUUAUUCAAGAUUGAGCCGGACAAUUCUGGCAACUAUAUCUUGUUAUCCAAUAUCUAUGCUGCUGCAGGAAAAUGGGAUGGUGUUGCGAAAGUGAGAGCGCUGAUUAGAGAGCACAGGGUUAGGAAAAAUAGAGGCUCUAGCUGGAUUGAGUUGGGAAGUGAAGUCCAUGAGUUUGUUAUGGGAGAUAUGUCCCAUUUUGAUUCAGAAUGGAUAUACCUUAUAUUGGAUUUGCUUAAGGAAGAUAUGAAGUUCCUGGGAUAUGUAAUGGACUUUGAAGAGAAAGAAGAAUUGUCAACCUCUACAUGGCAUUCUGAUAUGUUCUCUUACAAUAAAUUGGAAGAUGGAUGAUGGAAAUGAUAUGAUAUGAUAUACUGAAGAAAAUGUGUGGAUUUUCUGGCAUGAUAUUUUCGAAGUCUUCUGAUUUAAAGGUCCCCUAUAUGGCUUUUUGUUGGAUGCUGUCCACCAGUGUCUCCAUUUCCCUUCCCGUAAGGGGACACUUAACUAUGAUAAUAAUGCAAGGUUGUAUCUUCCUCUGAUGAGAAUUUUUUUUUGAAUUAAAUGGUUUCUAAGAGUGUUUGAUCUUCA